UCAUAUCAAAAUGGCGUCCUGUUUUGGAAAUUCCACGUAGUAAUUUUACAAUGAAAAAUCACUCAUAUUCAUCACAUUUUAAUACCGAUUUCGUUCAUUUGAAGCAAAAUGUCUCAUAUAAAGUGUGUAGAAGCUAAGAUAGUCGUCUUGGGUACACAAGGAGUUGGAAAGACGAGCCUUGUCAUCCGAUAUAUCGGGAAUACUUUCAACAAACACGCAAGUCCAACGAUUGGUGCUUCCUUCUUCACUUGUAAAUUAGCUGUUGAUAACUACAGGGUUAAACUACAAGUAUGGGACACAGCAGGACAGGAACGAUUCAGGUCAAUGGCCCCUAUGUAUUACAGGAAGUCCAAUGCCGCCAUGUUGGUUUUCGAUCUUUCGUCACAUGAUAGUUUCGAGGAUGUGAAAAGUUGGGUCACGGAAUUGAAGAGGAAUGUCGAGGGGCAAAUAGUUCUGUGUCUGCUCGGCAACAAAUGUGAUCUUGAAGACCAACGCGAGGUGGAGAAAACAGUGGCACUCGACUACGCUGCGUCGAUUGGUGCCAUUUAUUUCGAGACGUCUGCGUUAUCAAAUGAAGGUAUUCACGAGGCCUUCCUCCAGGUGGCGUUGCGUCUCAUCACGUUGUGCGAGACUCAUCCAAACUCAGGCAUGAAGUUGCUGAGCAAUUCUGAAAUGGACGGUGGUACGCGGCUACGCGCUGAAAGUGGCCAAUCGACAAGUUCUACGUCGAGUUCAAAUCAACAAAAAUCGGACUGCUGCUGACGAAGGUUUAUUUUUAGAGUAGUUGAGAUCGCAGUUUUGGAACGUGUUUACAAUUCCCGUUCACGGCUAAAAAGGUCAUCGGUUGACUAUAGAAGUGCCACUGUAGUUGAAUGUGAUCAAACUUCGUCAUUUCCGAUCGGUAUUUGUAAAUUUUAACCGCAGACUUGAAGGCGUACGCCAUUCAUGUUAAAUGGGGUCGGGAAAUAAAAAGCCCAGCAUUAUGCAUGCUAAUUUGCUGAAACUUGGUAUCUAUAGUAUUUGUAUAUCUGUCGUCACCAUGGUGAUGUUGACGUUUGUAUUCAGUGCGCAUUUACCAAAAUUUGAAAUGUGCAAGUUCAAUUUCGAAUUUUUGAAGAACGGUGCUGGCCCUUAAGAUUCACACUCAGAUGAGGGUUGUACCCAAAUCGCUGUCCGAAACUCGCGAUACGAUUAUUAGUGUUUUACCCGUAGUGUUACUGAAGACUUGUUGGAAAUUCACAGACGAUGAAACUGUGAUAAAGGACUGAAUGGCGCCAAUCUCAAAGUUUAUUGUCCUGGACGAAUCAAAAAUCAGAAUGCUGCCAACAAACGUUUGGUUUUACUAAUUCUAGGGACGUGAAGAUUUGAGUUUUCAAGUCUCGCUCAGUAUUAGGGUUAUAUAAGUGCACUGUGAAAGACUUCUCUGGGCCAUAGCAUGAAAAUAUUGAGUAAUGCACUCAAGGUAUUGUGACACACGAUGCAAUAAUAUUUAUUUUAAUAAGGUAUUUUACUAUUCAAUGUAAACAUUCCACAGCUGUUGUUAAAUUUUAAUCUUUUUUGAACACUAGUAGGUGUUCAUCAUUAAGUACUCUGGCCUGGACGCGGUGAGCAUGCUGGCUUAAAGACUGCAAUAUAUCGUUGAUAUAACUUUCAUAACGUGAUAUGUACAUUGCUGAGUAUUCAAAACUUGAAAUUAUGAAUUGAUAUUUUCAGACUGCCAUUCAAAUUGUGAUAUCGUAGCAAGAAUAAUAAUGGAAAAUGUUUGUGGCAGGUUUUCUUUGCACUUGUUGGCCCUUUAACACAAAUUGUAAAUUGUAAAUUCUCGAAAUUAUAAUUUUGUAUUAACUUGAAGUAUGGUCUUCAUAACUGAAGACAUGUUGAACAGAAAUAAACUGAAAUUUUAUGAGAA